UUAUCACCGUUUAAGUUGCGCCUUCCUGAAUUCGCGCCAAAAAAAAAAACCAGUGCCUGAACAUUUGGACUUACAAUUGUUAUCACCAAGCACUCGCUCCUUUGAACCAUCCCAUCCCUCUUCCCAUCUAAAGCAGGCGCCGACUUCGUCUUCUACCGAUACGAUACCGCACUGAACUAGGUCGCCUUUCCCUAAUCCAUCACAAAUCACCAACCUCAUCCGUCCCCGCGUCCAACCACAGACAAGAUGGCCGAGCAAGUCGACUUGAAGACAAUCCCCGUCUCGCCCGACGGCGACAACAACGACAAUGGCAUCUCUGCUGCUGACAUGACCGAGAAGUUAGUCACUGUCUUCCACGACAAGGACAACUUCAAUGUCAAGCACCCCCUCCAGAACAAGUGGACCUUGUGGUUCACCAAGCCUUCAAACGGCAAGGGUGACAACUGGAACGAUCUGCUGAAGGAGGUCAUCACCUUCAACUCUGUUGAGGAGUUCUGGGGCAUCUACAACAACAUCGCUCCUGUCUCAGACCUCGCUCUCAAAUCCGACUACCAUCUGUUCAAGGAGGGUGUCCGACCGGAAUGGGAAGACCCGCAGAAUAAGCACGGCGGGAAGUGGUCCUAUUCCUUCAAGGAGAAGCGUGCCGUCGACAUCAACGACAUCUGGCUACACACAAUGAUGGCAGCCAUCGGUGAGAUGCUUGAGGACGAGGACGAUGGUGAGGUCAUGGGGGUUGUCGUCAACGUGCGUAAGGCAUUCUUCCGUGUCGGUGUCUGGACUCGUACUAUCGGUAAGCCCAUUCCCGGCAAGGGCGACGGCGACAUUGCUGGUGGCAAGGGCCGACCCGUGGCCAAGGGCCAGGCCAUCCUUCUGGAGAUUGGCAAGCGCUUCAAGAACAUCCUCAAGCUCCCCACGGACGAGGUUGUUGAGUUCUCGGGCCACACAGACGCGGCACAUAGUGGUAGCACGCGUGCCAAGUCCAAGUUCACCGCCUAAGCAAAAUUCCUUUACCCAAAACUCGGCGAUAUGGUAAUUUCGAGUGAGCAUCAUGGACACGACCGUCGCUACAUACGCGUAUC